GAACAGUGCCUCAGCUGAGUACGCUGAGUCAGGCUGACUUGAAGAGACUUCAAGCAUCGCUUCAGUUGAUGAAAACCUGACGAAACCUGUCGCCGGUUGCACUACUUUGACUGAAGACGCUCCUGAAAAGUCGACAAAUUUGUUGGAGCUCAGGAAGCCAUCCCUUCAGAAGAAAUUCACUCAGAAGAAAAGGGCAAGAGCUCAUCAAGAAACAAAAUUCUUUGACUUGAAGGCUUGCUGAUGAGCUUAAAAAUGCAAGAUUCAAGCUUUUUCACUCAAAGGAGAGCGGCAGUAGCACUCAGCUUUGUGCUGCUAGUGCUGGCUCAGCAGGUGUGUGCAGGUCCAUUAGCCAAACAGGUCAUGUCCAGCUCAGACCAGAAAGCAGAUUCAACCAGGGUCCUCACUCUGAGGAGGGUUGCCCGUAUGACCCCGCUAUGGAGGAUCAUGAACAGCAAACCAGCUGGAGCAUACUGCCAGAAUAACUACGAAUGCUCCACAGGAAUCUGCAGGGCGGGAUACUGCUCCAGCAUCCAGCGUGCCCCCUCAGAGACUGCGACCUACUAGAAGUACCGGGUCACCACCAUGUUUACAACCAUAAUCCUUAUGAGGGGCUCUUAUUACUUGGGAUAUGCAUGUACCCAGGAUUUUUAACUAGCUUUAUAUUUAUGUUUGCCAAAAAAAGUUGCUGAAAAUGUUUAUGAAUUGAUACAACAGGUAAGUUACUUCUAAGGAAAGGGAAUUCGGGGAAGUUAUUGAGCCCCAUAAUGUUUGUUAUUCAGUAAAAAUAAAAAAUACCACUUGGAUUGACAAGUUGGAACAAACUAUUUCUCAAAAGGGCUUUAAACAUAUCCAAAAAUGUUUUUCUCACUGCUAAAAUCAAAAACUUUCAGUCCUUAUUGCAGAUUUUAGGUGCCAAAAUAAAAACCAAAAUAAGCUUUUUUUUGCUGUUACCAUUGUCUUUGAGAUUUUAGACUAUUUAUCUGUUUUAUGAAUUUUGUAACUUAGUGAUCAAUAGAGCAGUUCAGACUAUCUAAAAACUGCUGGCCUCCAAAUUGCUCAGGUUUUCGUCAUCAGUUUGUUUAUUGAUAAAGUUAUCUUUUGAAUGUGUCCUUCAGCCCAAUCAUGUUGAUAAUGUAUAGGCUUUCCCCUUUCACCCAAAAGAAUCCUGUUCAAAUGUUAUUUUUAAAUUGUCAAAUACAUGAUAGGCUGUAAUGUGAUAGUGAAAUAGCUCAUUACAAUAUGGUCCUGAAUUUUAGAGGUGUACAGCACAUGGCCUGUUCCAGCAUUAAGACAUUUUACUAAAUGUUUCCAUACCUUUAUUUAUCUGGGCUGUUAAAGACAAAACUGGAAAAUAUGAGAUGGAGAUAUAAGGAAAGGAAAGAAGAAAGGUAAAGGAGCUGAGGUUAAAAGAAAUGUAUGUAAUGUCUACAUCUUUUUUUUCAAUCUCAGAAUGUGUUAAAUGAGCCUAAGUCUGGAUCCACUAACUGUUUAAUGUGUUUGUUUUUUUGUUGUUACAAAUACAAGAACAAAUUAAAAAAUGAACAUUUGUUUUGCACAUCCAUCUUCUCAAAUUGAAAGUAAUCAGGGAUUAAAAUUUCAACACGCCUGCAUAGUUUACGUCAUGCACAGAGCAGGUGAUUGCUGAUAUUUUUUAUAAAAAACAUAUGAGUAGGAUUGCACUUUUAAACACCAAUUAUCUUUGUACUGUGUCCUGUCUGUUUGUACUGUAAGACGUACAUGUGCAAGCUGGAGAUAAAAAUAAAAUAAAAGAAUAGACAUAAGUGA